UUGCAUGUUAUAGAUUGUUACAAGGCUGUUUGGUCGAUAUGUGGAGAGAGUAACUAAUGACCGGUAACAAGUUAUUAUUAGGUUGUUUUAGACCAAAUUGUAGGCUACGAUGUUUUAAGAUUUGGCAGUCUGUUAUCACUCAAAACCAUCUCUUCUCAAUUUGUUUAUUUUAAUUAUAAAAGCAAGCAAAUUGUAAGUAUUUUGUUUGUGUAGUUUAACCAGGCCUUUAUAGUUUUUUCCCCCAUUAGGUUCAGAAUAAAUGCAGUGGUAGAUUAGCCUGUGCAUGUUCUGUUACAGUAAUCAGUAGCAGGUGUAUCAUAGAACUAGCCGAUUAGUUUUUUUCGGUGCUCAGCCACUGAAAACACUACCGUUACAAUAUAGGAGUAAACAUUUCCAAUAGGUUGCUAGGUAAGUGCUCUUUUUUACGUGAUUAUGUUACUUUACUCUUUAGGCUUAUAUGCUGUUGUCAAAUUACUAUCGCAGAUGCAGGACAGACGGGGGAUGAACAUAAAUACCUUACAUCAAGGUGCCUAUGCAGUAGGCUACGAGGACCACUAACGGGAAUUAUUUCGCCGACCUACGCCUUGGAGUAGCCUACCUUUGUUUUGCCGUGGGACUAUUGCGUUGGUUUGGAUUACUAUUUUGGGGAACACAGAAUUCGCAAACGAGCCUUAGUACGAGAUCUCGUAUGGAACCACCUUAUCCUCCGACAACGCUUUUGUGUUUGCAAGCGAGCCAAAGGGGUAGUCGACCAAAUCAUCCUAAUAGGAAGUAAACAGGAAAAGGUUAUUGCGGAAUUUUGGAAUACACGAUGCCACCCGUGUCAUCUCACGGGACUGAACCAUUCUGAGGCACUGGAUUGCAUCCUGUGUGGAUUUUCUUGCCCGGACCCAGUUAAUGAGUGUUCGGCGAGUGGCUGUCAGUUCUAUUGUGAGAGCUGGCGGAUGGUUCAUCGCACCUCGGGCAACGAAGUUGAAGGCUGGCGUCCAUACGCGGCUUAUCGCAAAGAUAAGAGAGGCACCCAGUGGCGGAACCUGAGACCUCAACAUGUUGGCGUGUUUACAGCGGAGCCAGACCCAUGCGCCCCAGCAUCUGAUGGGGGGCAGCAAGAUCUCAGAGUUGCCACUGCCCAUCCAUCGAAAGAGUGAGUUGAGUUCUGUGCACUCACCACGGUACCCGACCCCAACCGAGCUUGACGCCUUCGCCCGCAAGACUUCAGAGAGCCCCCUGUCCAUCAAGAUCUUCCCCACCAACAUCAGGGUCCCUCAGCAAAAGAAUAUCAGCCGGACGGUGAACGGCCUCGACACCACAGGCACGCGGUACAGCUCCUACUCGCAGCCUUACUCCGGGGGCUACCAGGGCCUGUUGACUACGGUCAGGACUCCCACGGUGAGCAGCAGUAAAGGUGUGCUGAAAAAUUCCGAAGGCAAACGUACAAAACUGUCCCCUGCACACAUCGCGGUGGCUCCCUAUGCACCGCCCACCAACAGUGCUGUAGCCAGCAGACUCCGGCAGAAAGCCUACAGCAUGGGCCACUGCAAGCCCCCGGAGGUGUCCAACAUCCCGGCGCCGCCUAACGUCAUCAUGGCUGCCUCGGUGGUGCCAGUGUCUGGGGGCCAGAACUUGCCCCUGGCACCUCAGUCUGCGCUCCCUGUGCAAAGCCUACUGCGGCACAUGGGCAGGCCUUCCCAUGCACCACAUGCCCAGGGACUGCAUCCACUUGGGGAGGCCCAGACCUCCAGCCCGGCUCUCCAGGCGGCCACGGCUGCUGCUGCUGCUGUUGUUGGUGGUGGGGGCACCAUCACGACCUGCUCGGACUCGGGUUUCGCCCUGGCUGCUCCCCCCCACAGCGGCCUGGCUUACUCAGGAGCGGUGCUGCCCAUGCAGAGUGCAGACACUGCCACCGGGGGGCAGUAUAUGGACAGUGUGGAUUAUGCGCUGUGGCAGCACAAACAGCAGCAGCAGCAGCAGCAGCAGCAACAGCAGCAGCACCACCACCACCAACAACAGCAGCAUUACCACCAGGGGGCGCUACGGAUGUACGGGGCAAAUAGUGGAGGCGGGGCGGUGGUCAGCCGCUCCCCCGAAACCUGCGUUCCCCAGCUGGCUUUCCGAGGCGGCAUGGCGGGGUGCGGCUCGCUGGAGCGGGUGGGCUCCUCGCCCCUGCACUGCUCGGCCAUGCACGGCGAGUUCUCCGUGGGUCAGUUCUUCGCGCCGCCAUGGAACAGCGUCCUGGCCACGCCGGACAGCGACUGUUACAACUCGCUGGAGCUGCCCCUCGGCUCCUCCAUGGGCAGGGUGGCCUGUGGCGACAUGGGGUUCCCCCACCACCCCGCGCAGCAGCAGCAGCAGCAGCACCACGCGUUCCCCCAGCACUACCCCUCCGACAGGGGGAGCAUGGGCCUGUGCUGCGCCGCCGGUCCCCCCAGCCGGACCCUGUGCCACGCCUCGGUGCUCAGCAGCAGCCUACAGUCUCUGGAGUGCCUGAUCAGCGACAUCCACCCGCCUUGCAUCAAGGAGCGCAUGCUGGGCCGGGGCUACGAGGCAGUGGGGGGGUCGGUCGGCAUGGCGGGGGCUCGCCUCUUUGACCAGCAGCCCACUCACAUCCAGCUUCCUGUAUUCAGAUAAGGUCAAAGGUCAGGAGCGAAUUGGGAGUAGUGGGGGAAAGAAGACACUGGACACGAUGCAUGUCAAUGCAAGCUGAGGGCGAAAGUUAGAAGGCUAGGAGAGACUUGCUGUGGAGUGGCUGUGUCUUCACUGGUAAAGGGCUCACCAGGUGGCGUGUAUCGCAAAAGUAACGACUGAAACUGAAAUAAAGCCUGUGCCGUGGUUUGCAUUGUACUUUGUCAUUACCAAACUGGACCGAGCAAACUGAGGGUUUGCUGCCAUUUGCCUGAUUUUUGUCGGUCAGACUCGAGGACCAACAGGGAUUGUUUUUGUCACUCUUACUCCAUUGAACUGUUUUUGCAUUUGAGAUGACACACUAGUUGCCAGGACGACACCCCUGUCGAAAGGCUGCCAAAAAUGACACUCGGGGAGCCCUGUUUUGAGGGUGGAGACGUGACGUUAACUGGCCAGUGUCACCCAGUGGAUCUGAAUAUCUAUGCGGUUAAAGUGGACUGCUAGCACGUUCUCAUUUGCUUACGUUCAUUUCCGGGUUUUCAGACAUGCGACUGAAAGAGAAUGUGCUAGGUCACUAGGGGUUCACCUUAGGACUCCUGUUGUUUCAACCACAGUGCUGCCCUCAAAUUAGGGCUCUAGACAUGUUUUUCUUACUGCCCCAAUUUAGGUAUAUGUCAUCGUCAGGUCAACGUGGUUUAACUUUAAAAAACAAAACAAAACAACAAAAAAAAACAUCUGUAUGUCCAUAGUGACAGAUUUGAUAUUGAAAUGGUACUAUAGUCAUAAUAAUUAUGAUGUACAAUUGCACUGCUAUGAGCAUAGCAACUGAUGAAGAUGAUUUGAGGAGAGGGGAAGGGGUCAGGAAAAAAUAGAUUUAUUUAAAACUUGAAAAACUUGAAUUUUGUCCCCCUCAAUAAGCUGUUUUAUGUGUGUUAUGUUUGAAUCAUUUGAGGCUGCUACUGAGCAAAAGUAUUUAAGAAAUUGUUUGACUUUGUUGUUUAAACCUCUUUUUUUUCUAUAACAGGGGUGUCAAUACUGUGUUUUAUUUUAUGCCCCAGAUGUAGGUUAAGAAUGUUGUCCAUGUGCAUUGCAGUUAUACCUGGAGACACACUGCUGUUUUUGAAUAUAUGUACGUGUGUAUUUGUGUGUGUGUGUGUGCACAUGGGUGUGUGUGUGUGGGUGUGUGUGGGUGUGUGGG